GUGAAGGCUGGAAAUAUUUGUAAGCAGUAAAAUAUAUAUUGAAUUUUUAAGUUUCAUUCUCACAAAAUAAAUUCUUUAAGCCCGCCGCUCUUCCCUAACCUAUGAUUUCUGGCUCCGCCACCGGAUAUAAGUCACGUUGAAUACUUGCAAGGAUAUAAUGGUGGAUUGGUGGUGAGAUAAGUCUUGGUAAUUUGCCGACAAAUUGGUGAUGGCUCAGCCCUUGUUCGGUAAAUCGGGUCAAGUUCUCCAUGCUGGAGAUGUCGCGAUCAGAAGAGAAGAAGAUGGGGAUCAUCAUUGGAGUAGCAGAGCUGCUGUACCGGGUUUAGUAUUCAAGCCAGAGGUCGUCGGGAUAGAGAAGCACUCUGGCCGUGCCGUUAGGGUCGCCGGAAAACAAACCAAGCUGUCGCCACAUGCACCACCGAAGGACGGCAUUUCAACUACAGUUUCCUUUGUUCUAAGCGUCACUGGAGGCUUUUUCGGGAAUCGCCGCAGGUCUGUAGAAGCUGCCGGAGCUGAACUGUCUCGAUCUACGCCGGAAGAAGAAGAGCUGCCCGCCGGGGAGGACAACUGAGCCACGCCGUACUGCGUCGCCAAUUUCAUCGGGCAGGAGGAGCUGCUGGUCGUUCCACCAUCGACGAAGAAGGUAAGCUAGUCACUCUGCUCGCCGGUACUUUUGGAAGAAGAUGACAGCUACAGUACGUAUCAUGCAUACUCCGAAUUUUUAUAAUAAUUGGGCUGCUAGUUUAAUAACAAAAAUUGGGCUGCUAGUUUAAUAACAAAAAUUGGGCCGG